AGUUGCACUCGGCGUGUUUGUGUGUCGUUUCAAAGCGGUAAACUGCUGAAUGAGAGGACGUUUUAUUUUUUAAAACUGUUUUAUAAGGUUUUAUAUUGAGUAUGAAAGCACCUUAUAAUUUCUUCUGGAUUUGAUGAAAUAUUAAAAAUAUACGACAUCGGUUUUUCCUGACAGGAGAUAAUGCCCGUGGACUAUCGCGAAACAGCGCGUCAUUUCAACGCUCGUCUUCUGAUGUGUUUUUUCCGCGGCGCAGCGACUUGUUUACCGUGUUUCUGUGGCAUAUAAUGACCAUGUCAGUCCCGGAGAGAAACCCUGGAUCUGAGGAGAAAGAAGAGGAGAGCGAGGAUGAGAGUGAAAUUGUGGAGGAGAGUCCCUGUGGCCGCUGGCAGAAGAGAAAAGAGCAGGUCAGUCAGGGGAAUGUGCCUGGAGUGGAGAGCGCAUCUCUGGCCAUGGACACUGAAGAGGGUGUUGAGGUGGUCUGGAACGAGGUUUUCUUCCAGGACAAGAAGGUCUUCAAGACGGUGGAGGACAAAAUGAAGGAGAUGUUUGAGAACCUGACGCAGGUGGAUCAUCCCAACAUCGUCAAAUUUCACAAAUACUGGCUGGACAUGAGAGACAACCAUGCUAGGGUUGUGUUCAUCACAGAGUACAUGUCGUCUGGCAGCUUGAAGCAGUUUCUUAAAAAGACCAAGAAAAACCACAAGACCAUGAAUGUUAAGGCCUGGAAACGCUGGUGUACACAGAUUCUCUCUGCCCUCAGUUACCUGCACUCCUGUGACCCUCCCAUAAUUCACGGCAACAUCACAUGUGACACCAUCUUCAUUCAGCACAACGGCCUUAUUAAAAUUGGAUCAGUUUGGCAUCGACUCUUUGUGAAUGGUAAGAGCCAUUUCAGCAUCUCACGCAUGUUUCCAGAAGGGGGCGUCCAAGGUAAACUAAACCAACACAGAGAUGACAAGAGGAACCUGCACUUCUUCUGUCCGGAGUACGGCUCGUGUGAAGAUGACUACGCCAUUGACAUCUAUUCCUUUGGGAUUUGUGCUUUGGAGAUGGCCGUGUUGGAAAUCCAGGCUAAUGGAGAUUCUGUCGUUUCCAAGGAAGCCAUAGCCAAUGCAGGCCAAUCAUUAGAAGACCCACUUAUGAGGGAGUUCACCCAGAUGUGUGUGCGCCACAAUCCUCGCCUCCGGCCGACGGCACAUGACCUGCUGUUUCACCGCGUGUUGUUUGAAGUGCAUUCACUGAAGCUGCUCGCUGCUCACUGCCUCAUUAAUAACCAGUACAUGCUCCCAGAAAACUGUGUGGAGGAGAAAACCAAAUCCUUUGAUCCAAAUGGAGUCAUGGCAGAGAUUAUUCACAGAGAUCGUCCUCGCGUUCAGCUCAAGUAUUCUCAUGUUUCUCCUCUAGAGCUGGACAAGUUUCUGGAGGAUGUGAAGAAUGGCAUUUACCCUUUGAUGAACUUUGCGUCUGCUCGACCCCAUCCUGUACCUCGCGCUCUCUCAAUGUCCCAAGAGCAGGUGGAGGCGGUGAAAACACCCACGCCGGAACCACAAGAGGCUGAAACCAGGAAGGUUGUACAGAUGCACUGUAACCUGGAGUCAAAUGAAGAGACUACUAAAACACAUCUCACUCUUUUCUUGAAGCUGGAUGACAAACUCCAUCGGCAGCUCAGCUGUGAUAUUAUGCCAAGUGACAGCUCUAGAGAUUUGGUCAAUGAACUCAUCCAUCAUUCCUUCAUCAGUGAGGAGGAUGGUGACAAGAUAGUGACGUUCCUAGAGGACGCUUUGAACCGACACCGUGGGUCCACCAGUGCCAUUACAACAAUAUGAAUGUCAGUGACCUGUUGCUAUUAUGAUGGACAUACCAGUGGAGCCUGAAAGGGAGGCUGAGGAAGGACAGUGGACACAAAUGAUCAGUUUGCUAGUUAGUGUGGAUCGUUUGAAAUUGAGACGAAAUCAAGAUGGCACAACAUGGCAUGCUGGUUCCUCUGAUUGACCAGCUUAGAGGGUACUGAUAAUGCCUAUGUAAGAUGAUUGUGUUGACCUCCCUGAGUCUUCCUCCAGCACUUCCAGGUGUCACUGUAGAGACCGUCCUUCCCAGAACUCCAUAGGGAACUCAAGGGCAAGGCGGUCUCUAUUGAUGAUUAAGGUAGGAGGUGUCUGCUGUGAAGAGCUCAAUAUAUGAUAAAUGAAAACACAACUCCGGAAAGUUAUUUGACCUGAAGAUUAUUUUGCCAUAAAAUAGUUGUUAGGCCAGAAACAUUCUUUACGCAAGUAUGCAGAUGCCUGCUCAAUUUGUAGAAACAAAAAAAAACGUACCGUAUAAAGGCCCACCUUUGGGCUGGUCAGUAUGGCAAGUUUAUUAUAUAAGAACGUAGAUAGCUAAGAGAUGUUGCUUUAUUGUUUAUUUGACAUGUUAUAGAGAAACAUAUGAAUGUGAAAAUGAAAAAGUGGCACAUGCUUAUUGUUAAAUAGAGUUAUCAGGCACAAUAAGCAUGAUUGAAUCAGCAUUGACUGACAAACACAAUUAUUUUUAUAACAAUAUUCUCUAAUUUUAGGAUGUGUGCCAAAAACACCCAUAAAGCUGGCUGUUAUUGAAACUCUUACUCCAUUUUAGAGAUUUUGUAAAUCACAGACUGUUUUCAAUUAUGCCUUUCUGUCAAAAAUAUUAAAUAGCUGUAUAUUCACAAUUGCAGUAUGUUUAUUUUUGACACAAAAUGGUACUGUUAGGUAUUCAGGUUUUAGAUUAUUUCGUAGCACAGAAAUGGUACUCAGCGUAAGCAGGAGCACCUGGCCAUAGGGAGCACCGAGACGUUUUCUGGUGGUCUGUUGGUCAAUCUGGCCUGAACCAAAAAGCACCACCCGCCAUCACCCCAACCCCCCCUCCUCAUGUAUCGAUCACUACAACCACCAACCCCAUCCACCCCCCAUCCUUGGCCCCUACACACCCUCCACACCCACACUUGUCUUACCGAUCGCUCCUAUCCCCCCUUUUCACUUAUCAAUCAGUUACCCUAAAAUUACCCCCCACCCGCUCUUCACUUACCGAUCACUCCUAUCCCCACCCCCGCACUUUCUUACCGAUCGCUCCUAUCCCCCAUCUUUAAUUACCAAUCACUUACCCCAACCUACCCCCCCCCCACCUCUCUUUACUUGCCGAUCACUCCUAUCCGCAGCCUCACCCCUCUUUACCCUUUACCUAUCGCCUAAACCCUCAGCCCCCACCUCUCUUCACUUACUAAUCACUCCUAUCUCCCAUCCCUGCACUUGUCUUACCGAUCGCUCUGAUCCCUCUCCCCCCCCCCCCCCCCCCACACUUUUCAUUUACCGAUCACUCCUAUCCCCACGCCAACCCCUUUUCCCCCUUACAUAUCACUUAAACCCUCACCCCCUACCUUUCUUUUCUUACGGAUCACUUCUAUCCCCCACCCCCGCAGUUGUCUUACUGAUCGCGCCGAUCCCCCCUCUUUAAUUAAUGAUCACUUUCCCUAACCCACCCCCACCCGCUCUUCGCUUACUGAUCACUCCUAUCCUCACCCCCACCGCCCCUUUCUACUUACCUAUCGCUUACCUCAAAACCAUCUGCCCACCCGCUCUUUACUGACCGAUCACUCCUAUCCUCACCCCCGCAUCUCUCUUCACUUACCAAUCACUCCUAUCCUCACCCCCCACCUCUCUUCACUUACCAAUCACUCCUAUCCUCACCCCCCACCUCUCUUCACUUACCGAUCACUCCUAUCCCCACCCACACACUUGUCUUACUGAUCGCUCCUAUCCACCUACUUUUCAAUUACUGAUCAAUUACCCCAACCCACCCCCGACCCGCUCUUCACUUGCCGAUCACUCCAAUCUCCACCCCCCACUCUCUUUUCUCCUUACCUAUCAUUUAAACCCUCACCCCCCCACCUCUCUUCACAUACCAAUCACUCCUAUCCCCCACCCCUGCACUUACCUUACUGAUCGCCUAUAUCCCCCUCUUCAAUUACCGAUCACUUACCAAAACCUGAUCACCCACCCACCCCUUCUUCCCUUACCAAUCUCUCCUAUCCCCACUCCUACCACCAUUUUCCUCUUACCUAUCACUUAAACCCUCACCCCCAACUCUCUUUACUUACCAAUCACUCCUAUCCCCACUCCUACCACCAUUUUCCCCUUACCUAUCACUUAAACCCUCACCCCCCACUCUCUUUACUUACCAAUCACUCCUAUCCCCACCCUCUCCCCCACUCCCCCUUUUCUCCUUAACCAGUCGAUCCCCCCCCUCUCUUCACAUACCUAUUAACCCCCCCUCCCCCCCAAUUAUUUUCAGGUUGGCGAUUGCAAUGACACCUGACCUUUAUCAGUUUGUAGCAGUGAGUGAUAUUGAUCACAAGUUCUUGUACGAUAGUGUGUACAGUGUGAAAAGCAACAGUCCACAUACUGAGCCUUGUGGUACUACAUGGAUGUUCAUUGUCAUUGCUCAUACAUUGUUAGAAUGUUUAUUUAACAAUAACAUUUCUCGUGCCAUGAAAUAAGAUUUUCUUAUUGUCCAUCCCUAGUCAAUCUUUAAAAAGUGCAAUUUCAGCAUAUUUUCGGAAAACUAUGUAUAAAAUUCCAAUUUUUUAAAAUAUAAGCCACCCCAAAAUCUACUAAAGUACUUAAUUACGAAUUGCAGUAUGUUUUAAUAAGCUUUUUUUGCCUUAUUGUGGGAUUAAACAACCUCUGUACUCAAUGGGAUGAUAUCAGAAAACACUCAGUUUGUUGUUAUUCAAAUAACUUGCCAUAAACAUCACAAGUUUGACAUUGUUUUACUUGCAUAGAUAAUGUUUCUGUCCUGAGGGAAGAAUAAAUUAGCAUUAAUAUAUCAGGAUUGGACUGAAGACUCAGCUAGGAUGUAAAUUUUUUUGGAGAGUAUAUUUUGUCUCGUCAGUUUUCCCAAAAUGCUAUCUUCCAAAUGUAUAUUACAAAAGAAAUUGCUUUAACUGAUAUUGUUAAUGACCAGUUAAUAAUAAAUAUGGUUGUAAUUUUCUCUGCAGUCUCCAUGUCAGCUAUCACAAGAAUGUCUUAAUAUACAGUUUUAAGUGUUUUGCAAGAAACAUUAACAGGAAUGUAUUGCCUUAUAUAAAUGUUACUAUUUACCAGUGUUUCAUUGAAAAUAGUAUCAAAAACACACACACGUUUUAUUCAAAAUCAUACAUGUACGCCUGGUAAGUCAAACAGCUAACCAACUACGUGGUUUUGGAUAUGUUUAAUUUUGUAAUGCAUUAAGAUGUACAUUUCUGUGGGAAACACAGAUUGGCAUGAGCAUUUAAAACUCAAUAAAGGCUAUGAAAUUA